AGUAUAGGCUCCCGCCAAAUCAUUGAAAAUGAGGAACCUCGUUCUCAGUUCUUGUUACGUGUCUGCUCCUCUCUCUCCCUCCCCCUCCCUCCUCUCUCCUGAUCCUGAUAGGGACGGGGUCUGGUUUAUCUCUGGAGAGUCUCUACAAUUCACUUCUUCACAACAAAAUGGCCGACACCAGGAAGAUCACGUGAUUUCACUGUCUGACGUAUUAACUAGUGAUGACCGACCAAUUGGAUUGCAGUAUUUGCCUGAAAUGGGCGUGGUCUGUAUCGCUACAAGAAAAGGAGAAGUGAUUACAUACACUAUGAAUAUUAAUGAGGUGGGUGUGGUUGGCUCAGUUAGCGAUGGAAUCACCAGCAUGGGGUGGAGCCCUGAUCAGGAUCUGGUUGUUAUGGUAACGGGGAUUGGGAAUUUCAUAUUAAUGACGAGAGAUUUUGACGUAAUACUGGAAAAGGACUUUAGUAGCUCUGAAACUGGCGAAGCCCAGCCUGUGUCCCUUGGUUGGGGUAAGAAAGAGACCCAGUUUCAUGGCUCGUUAGGAAAACCUUCAACUCAUGCCCUACCCAAAAAGGAAAUUGACUCCACCCAUCAAUCAACAGGAGACUGCAUCAGUUGGAGAGGAGAUGGGGAAUAUUUUGUAAUAUCCUCCAUUAAUAAAAAUACAGGUUUGAGGUGUUUCCGGGUGUGGUCAAGAGAAGGCGUGUUACACUCUAGUUCAGAGUCCAUCGUUAGUCUGGGCCCAUUCAUCGACUGGUCGUCAAGAGGUCACCUCAUAGCCUCAUCACUGACUGAGACUAGUGGAUCAGUUCUCAUUGUCUUUUAUGAGCGGAAUACCCUAAGGCAUGGAGAGUUCCCUCUCAGGAGGGGUGGAGUCAUUGUCAAAGGAUUAUCGUGGAAUGCUGACUCAUCAGUUUUAGCAGUGUGGCUGGAGACUAACGAUAAAGACAAGAAAUCAUACAUUCAGUUGUGGUCUGUUAGUAACUAUCACUGGUAUCUUAAACAAGAGAUACAGUCGCCAAAAACCACACCCACUGAUGAGACCACACCCACUCAUUAUACAGGUGUUGUAUGGGAUCCAAUUAUGCCAUUACGUCUUCACACCUUGCUGAAUAAUGGUCAGUAUAUACAGUAUAAUUGGAAGAGGGGUGUGGUCACUAGUACCUCGUUAAAUAUUAAUAAUAAUUCAACAGUGGCAGUAAUUGACGGAGAGGCGUUAUUAUUGACACCUUUUCGUGACGUUAUCAUUCCUCCCCCGAUGAGUCAUAAGCGAAUUAUGUUCCCGUCUCCUGUUGUCAUGGCAACGUUUGCCCCACCCCCUACUCCUAACGACCUCCUUAUAGUACUGUCUGAUGGAUCAGUUUAUGUUGCAAAGUCCAGCACUAAGAUGGAAUACUCCUUAACUAACCUCAGGUUUCCAUGUAUGGAAGGUGAUGGUUUUUCUAUUCAUAAGUUGCGUCAGAUUGUGUGGGCGACUGAUGGUUUAUUAGUGGGCGUAGUCAACAAAUCAUGUGAUGAAGACUCUAUUGCUGAAUACGAAAUUAAUGAAUCCUGUGUCACUGAAAGGAUGUCUACUUCUUGUGAUGGGCGUGUCUUGUGUCUCCAUGGCAACCCAGAUACGGGAACCAUCAUUUUCGAAGAUGUCAAGGGAAAAGUUUUCACUUACAAAAACGGCCAGUGUAGUCCAUUUUUAACGUCUACCGGAGAUCAUGUGAUCCUGAAGGGGGUGUGGUCUGAUCAGUUGUCCCUAGCAACCAUCGGCAACGAGGAGUGUGUGAUUGGGCUUUCAUCCGAAAGAAAUCAAUUAAUAAUUAAUAAUGAACUGGUCCAUAGUUCCUGUACGUCAUAUUCAAUUACAAGCGAGUUCAUUUUAAUAACUAUUAGCAACCACCAGUUAAUAACUAUACCCAAGAACGAUAUAUCCAACGUUACUGAAGAAUUGUCCCGAUCGGUAGAGAGGGGCAGUUUGUUAGUGGUGAGUAUGGUUAAUGAUACAAGAGUGGUUCUUCAAAUGCCAAGAGGCAAUUUGGAGACGAUAUCACCACGCCCUCUUGUGCUGAGUUUAAUACGCGGCCAUCUUGAUAGGCUGGAGUUUGGGAAAGCUUUUCUAAUUAUGCGGAAGCACCGAAUUAAUUUGAAUUUGCUUUGCGAUCACAACCCCCUGACGUUUAUAUCAAACAUUAAAUUAUUCAUAGAUCAAUUGGAUAAUAUUAAUUAUAUUAAUUUAUUUAUUACGGAAUUAAAGAAUGAAGAUGUCACUCAAUCAAUGUAUCCGGUUCCAGGAUUGUCUAAAGAAACUGGUUCCCAUUCCUCUUGGUAUGGGAAUGAAUCUAAAACCAAUAAAAUAUGUCAAUUAAUUGUAACAACUUUAUCAAGCAUAGGAGGAACAAAGUUUGCCCUACCAAUUAUAACUUGCCAUAUAAAGAAAAUGCCUCAAGAAAUUGAAAAUGCUUUACUAACGAUAAAACAACUAGAUAAAACUACAGCCCCUAGUGUUGAUGAAGCAUUAAAAUAUUCAUUAUUAUUAAUUGAUGUCAAUAAAUUGUAUGAUACAGCACUUGGACUGUAUGAUUUUGAACUGGUACUUACCGUCGCCGAGAAAAGUCAAAAAGACCCUAAGGAGUAUCUGCCAUUUUUGAAUGAGUUGAAAUCAAUUAAAGACGUUAAUUAUCAGCAGUAUCGUAUUAACAUGUACUUGAAACGUUAUCACAAAGCACUGGAGUGUAUCAGCAAAUGUACAACUUCAGACCACUUCGAUGAAUGUAUUACACUGAUUAAAGAUCAGUCUUUGUACAGAUUAGCUCUUGAAUUAUUCAUUGAUCAGAAGUCAAACGAACAUUUAACUGUCAGUCAAUUAUUUGGUGAAUAUUUAAUGACAGAAGGCCAGUACUUGGAAGCUGGAAUCAUCUUUGAGUCUUGCUGUGAGUACCAGUCGGCAAUGAAAGCUUAUGAGAGAGGUGGCCACUGGGAGCUGGUGUUUAACAUGACUUCAGUACUGGGUCUCUUGCAAGACGAAGUAUUGGUUAUCGCUAAAAGGAUAUCUAGUCACAUGAUGUCACAGGGUCAGUACGAGGGGGCAGGUAGAAUAUUGAUUGACCACGCCCACGAUAUUGAAGGGGGCGUGUCUGCUUUUAUUAGUGGGGGAUUGUGGGCGGAGUCUCUGAGAUAUAUUCAUUUGCAUAAUAAAUUGGAAUUGAUUGACAGCUUAAUUAAACCAAGUUUAAUCGAAGCUCAUAAAAGCUUCUUGUUACUGAUUGAGACUCGAGAGGAACUUUACGUCAAACAUAGCGAGAGACUAAAAACUGUCAGGGAAGAAAAGAAAAAGAAAAUGGAAGCAAUAGAAAGUGGUACUUAUGCUAUUGAUGAAAGAGAAGGUGAUCUAUUCUCUGAUUCCAGUACAGUGACUGGUGCUAGCUCCUCCCACCUAUCAAGAGGCACUAGGACAUCAGCUAAAUCGGCUAAGAACAGGCGGAAAGCUGAUCGUAAAAAGCACAGUCUUAAAGAGGGUAGUCAAUAUGAGGACAUUGCACUAAUGGAAGCUAUACAAGACAUUAUUAAUCACGCUAAUAUAAUACAAGAUGAAAUCAGGUCAUUAUUAGUUACAUUGUGUGUUUAUGGUAUGAAGGAAGAGGCUGGUAUCCUACAGAAUCUCUUCUCUUCUUAUCUGCACAAACUCUCAUCAGGUCUUCAAACUGUGUGGAGUAGUAACACUGAACUACCAUCACAGCCACCUCCUGUUACUGGCCCUCAGUCAACAGUUAAUGAUAUAUUAUCAUCAAUUAAUAAAGGAGGAGCUGGUGUUGCUAAUUGUGGAUCUGUUCUUCCUUCUCGUCCUGUUUUGAAUAUGAAAAUGAAUUGGAAAUUAUCAUCAAUAAUAUAAUAAUAAUAAUAAUACUA